ACUUGUUGCUGGCUCCUCUGGACGCGUUGAUCUCACACAGCGCCAAGCGGUAGAGCGGAGUGUGAGUGUAUCUGUGAAUCGCUCCCAAGUGCACUCAGACCACACCAGACAGAGAGUCGGCAAACGGAGGGACGCGCAGGUUUAGGGACGAAACGCACCGAAAGGACUUAAGGCACGGCGCUCCUCCACAGAGCGCAUGACCGGCAGAGGGGUGAAGGAUGCUGUCAAGCCGCUCCGUGGUUGUGGAGUGCAGGUAGUGCACGCCGCGCUGCUCCGGCUUUAGGUCGCGUAAACAGACGCCCCGGUGCCUGGGUUUGGAGAGCCGCGUUUGUGGACUUUCCAUCACACUGGACUUCUGGCCACAUGCCUGCUCAGCCUUUUACGAGAAUUUAAAGGACAUCGGUUGGAGGCGUUUAUUUGAAAGAAAGAUUUUCUUCACCCAAAGCCCGCAGAGACAGUUCUAACCAAACGGCUCCAAAUUGACUUUCCCCCCCUCCUUAUUUCCAGCAUGGGACCUUACACAGAAAAUCAUUCUGGGACAUUUGACAUCGGGCUGGAAUAAUGAAAUAGCAGAGAGAAACUCUUGUAUUCUCUGUUUGAGCGCUUCCAAUCUUUGUUAGCGAGCUGCUUUUUGUGCCAUGUUCGCCACGAAGAAAUGCGCACAGAAAAACUUUGGAAUGUGAUAGGUCAGUCGUGAAGCAAGUUAAAUAGCAGUGUUUCAUUUUUGUGUGCUUAGACAAAAAUCAGAAGAAGAGCAGUCCUCAGCACGCAUUCAUGCGGGAACAGACACUCAGUUUACGUGCGUAUUUGGACACAGUCUGUCCCCUCUCUCCUCCGCGUCCUUGGAGAAGUUGAAAAAAAGCGCACCCGAUUGAUUCACAGCAAUGAGAACUUAUUUGGUGAGUUUAAACAUUUGAAGUAGAUUAAUCAGCUGUGUGAAACAAACAUUUGAAUAGAUUUUUUUUGUGUGUAUCUUUUUUUUUUUUUUCCUUUUUGCUUUUGGAAGCAGACGGAAAAAUAGACAGUACGCCGAUGUCUGGCAAACUGGCCGUCAUGUGGGAUUGAUUGCAGGGGAGUAUGUUUGGGCUGGAACAGUUUGGUUCUCAAAUUAAUAGCAGAAACCCUGGCCAGUCAGAGAGAAACAUAAACCAACAAAGACUGAACAUGGGCUCCCAUUAUAAAAGCCCAGGUUUUCAUGCUGGAGGCCCGCCCGGUGCCGUGGAGCCCGGUAUGGGCCCUCUGAGCGAGCCGCAAAUGCUCGGGCUCAAUAUGAACAUGAACGGAGAGCAGUACGGGGGCUUUCAUCCACGGGGACACUCAGACAUGCAUGCAGGCGGCGGACUUCAGCAGCAGCCUCAGCAAGGACCGAUGCAUGGAUUUUUCAACAACCAGCAACCUCACCAAGGACAUCCUCACAGUCACCAACCUCACCCCCACCAACAUCACCCUCAUUUCAGUGGGAAUUUUGGAGGCCCAGAGCCAGGUUCAUCAUGCCUGCACGGUGGCAGGCUAAUGGGCUACAACAAUAAUGGCAUGGGACCACAGCAGGGCUUUGGAGAAGGAUUUGAUCCUCUUGCUGAGGGACAGGCAGGGGAUGGCUUUUCCCAGCAGCAGCAGCAGCAGCAGCAGCGGCCUGGUAACAUGCCCGACUUUCAACAUCACGGGCCUCCCACCGGCAACCAUGCUGUCCCUGCCCCCUGUCUACCCCUGGACCAGUCACCUAAUAGAGCAGCAUCCUUCCACGGUCUUCCUUCCUCCUCAUCCUCCUCCUCUGAGUCUCAUGGUUUAGAGCCGCGACGGAUGCCCAACCAGGGAGCCGUAGAAGGAUUAGAGUAUAACUUCCCGAGUGAACCUCCAUCUGGACAUUUUGAUGUACCUGUAUUUUCCCCAUCAGAAUCAGAAUCUCAGUUACCACAUUUUGGGCCAGGAAGGCCAGUUCCCGGCGGAAAUUUUCCAGGGAACCCUGGCAUGCCCCGGACACCUGGCAUGCAGGGCAUCUCUAAGGGGCACCAGCCGCCGCCACAGCCCCAGCAGCCUCAGCAUGGAGUGUUUUUUGAGCGUUUUGGAAACGGCCGGAAGGUGCCCGUGGGGAUGGAGUCGGGGGUCAAUGCAAGACAUCCUCUGAUGCAGCAGCAACAACAGGCUGGCUUGAUAGCCAGACAGAACUCAUGCCCCCCUGGCCUCCCACGACCCCCUCAGGCUGAGCCCGGCUCUGCUAACCCUAAUAUUUUGGAUGGAGGGGUCAUGAUGCCUGGCCAACACAACCAGUUUGAAUAUCCCAUUCACAGACUGGAAAAUAGGGGUCUGCACCCCUAUGGGGACCCCAUGUUUAAUAUGCAACAGCCAGCUCCUCCUCCCUCCCAACAGCCCCCAAAUCAGAGGCUGCAACACUUUGACUCUCCUUAUAUGAACAUGGCCAAAAGGCCUAGAUUUGAUUUUCCUAAUGCACAUGGCGGCGAAGGCUGGUGUGGCAGUAUGGAUAACCACCUCUCUCCCUCGGCUUACCCCGGGCUUCCUGGAGAGUUCACCCCACCUGUGAAUGAUGGGUUCCCACCAGGGCCCCUGCAGCAUCCAGGACCCGAGCAGCAGUCUCUGCAGCAGCGGCAGAAUGCAGCCAUGAUGAUAAAACAGAUGGCCUCUCGCAAUCAGCAACAGCGGAUGAGACAGCCAAGUCUGCAGCAGUUGGGUCACCAUGGCGAUGUUCCUCCUGGCCCCAUGGCUCAUGGAGGUCCCGUUGGGAACAUGCCACAGCCCAACUUUGACAGGGAGAAUGGUGGCAGGAUGCCCAAUAUUGAUGGACAAAAUCCUCAUGUAACUCAGGAGAACUCCUGGUUUCAGGGGUCCCACCCACCAGGAGAGAUGAUGUCACGGCGUAUGGGUGGAGCAGGUAGUGAGUCAGGGCCCCAUGACAUGGGGCUGCAGCAGAACGGGGCUGGGAUGAUGUUUCGGCCUGGCAUUGGCAUGCAGGAGCCCAUGAGAAUACCAGGAGAUGGACAUGUGCAGACCCUUCAUUCCCCUGGCAUGCACUCACAGUUCAGUGGCAACAUGGGAAACCUCUCACAAAUGCAGUCUCCAGGAGCAGGAGCAGGACAUCCAAAUGCACCAGCAGAGAGGCGGCCAGCUGACUUUCCUGCACCUCCAAUGGGAGCACAGCCAGCGUUUCCCUAUGGGGCUAACCGUCAGGGGCCGGCCCACAGUGCUCCCCAGGGGGUGAGCACCUCACCGGGGAGCUACCCUCCUCAGUCUGAGUUCCCCUCAGGCCAGCGAUCGUCUGUUAGUAAGCUUGGAGCUCUGUCCCUCGGGAACUUCAGCAAAACCAGCACUAAAGACAGUGUUUUCGGCCAGAGCUGCCUAGCAGCCCUUUCCACGGCCUGCCAGAACAUGAUCGCUAGCCUAGGGGCCCCCAAUCUUAACGUAACAUUCAACAAGAAGAACCAAAAUGAGGGCAAGCGAAAACUGAGUCAGACAGAGCAGGACAUUAAUAGCAGCACAUCUAAUGGGACUGGCAGUGCUGGUCCUGAAUAUUUUCAGAGCAGCACUUCCCAGAACAGCCAGAUGCCUGGCACCGGGAAUAGCAACUCUAAGCCUGCGAGUCAAAGCCAGACGGUGCAGGGGGAAGCCAGUGCCCUCUCCCCAAAUUACAACAUGGACGCUACCCCGUGCAGUGAGGGGAAGGCAACAACAGGGAGUGGGAGAGGGAGAGGGAGGAGAAAAAGAGACAGCGGACAUGUGAGCCCUGGAAUUUUUUCCUCUGACAAUGGUAACCCUGUUGUAAGUCCAGGCCAGCAGACCCCCUCGGCUGGCGUUGGGGAGAGGGGUGGGGGCACACCCCAUGAGAAACACCUCCAGUCACCCUCUUGGGGAAAAGGAGGCGACCUAAUGUUGGGGGACCAGGCUGACCUUAUGUCUUCUUUAGACAGUGGCAUUCAAAGUGUUGCUGCCAAGUCUGACAGUAGCUCACCGAGAGUGGACUUUCCUGACGAUGUCAGCACCCACUAUGGCAACGAGGAUGAGGUGUCCUCCAGCUCAGAUGCAGGAGGGGCCUCAAACACCAAGCCUAAUCGCAGCCCUAUGAUCACAGGCUCACCCAAAAUGCAGAGGGGUGACCAUGGGUUGAUAAAUGGACAAAAGCCCCUAACCAUGGGCAUUAACAAUCAUACUACCUCGACACCAGACAGCUAUGGACUGAAUGCUGGUGUGGGCACAGGGGCCAGUGGGGUAAGCCAUCCGGGCACUCCUGGCGUGGAGCAGGUACGCACCCCAUCCAGCACCUCUGGCCAGGAAGAAAUCCAUCCUCUGGAGAUUCUGCAGGCCCAGAUCCAGCUACAGCGGCAACAGUUCAGUAUCUCUGAAGACCAGCCCCUGGCCAUGAAGAAUGGCAAAAAGAAUGGCGACUGUCCCUCACAGAACGGAGACAAUGAGCUGGCGAGCUGCAGCCCGGAUGCUGGGAAGGGCUCAAUGGGCACUAUUGACCUUGACACCCUCAUGGCAGAGCAGCACGCCACCUGGUACGUGCCCAGUGACAAGGCCAUGAUGGACGGGUCAGAGGAUGACAAGGCCAUGGGACCCUGGGAAAAAAAUAAGAGCCAAAACAACAGUAAAGAAGAAUCGGAGCUCUCCCAGAGUAAGGCUGGAGCCGGGGCCCCGGGGGCCGGAAGUGGAGGAGGAGGAGGAGGAGGAGGAGGAGGAGGAGGAGGAGGAGGUGGGAGCAGUGGAGGGAACCACCUGCAGUGCCUGUCCGUCCACUGCACAGACGAGCUGGGGGACAGCAAGGGCCGAGGGGGGCCCGUCUCGUCUUGGCGCUCGCUCCACUCUGAUAUCUCAAACCGAUUUGGGACGUUUGUGGCGGCACUGACUUGAACAAAAAGCAGGCCCGGCAGCAAGGAAGGAAAGAAGAUGAGAAAAUAAGACGAAGGAAGGCUUCAGAGACAAAUAAUGAUGAGGAUGGCGAUGUUGAGAAUUUGUUGAGGAGACAACUGCGUGCGGCUCUUGCCUGUUCAGGGAGAGAAAGACAUUUACACUCACAGAUGCAACACAUGAACACCGCUAAACACACACAAACAUGCGCACACACUCGCACACACUCGCACACGUACAUGCAAAUACCAUGUUUUUUUCUUGACACAUGCAGUCACACUUAAGAACGCGCUCACACACUGCUGGACUACACAGCGCGGGCUCCACUCAACGACGCCCACAUCUGGAAAACCUCAAAUCAUUAUUUUUUUUUACUUUCAUUUUCUUUGUUGAAGAAAAAUAAAGAAAUGUUUAAGGAGGAGUACACAAAACCAGAAGAAGAAGAAGAAGCAGAAGAAGAAGAGAUAUCAGUUGUCAUUGGCUUUGAUUGUAUACCGGUGUUUAGUCUUGUGACCAUGAUCUUUUGACCUUUACUCUGUUGUUUAUCCCAGCCUGCCUGCUCCCGCCUCACCUAUAGUUACACCUCAGAUGUGUACAUUUACUUUCCAGGGGAGUCAGCUUUACCAUUUACAAAAUUCUGCCCCCUCAAAUUUCCAAUCUCCUAACAACACAGAAUUGAGAAUUAAAGAGCACCCCUCUAGUUCUGUGGAAGUGGCCUGAGAAGCAGAACUAGAGGCAGAAAGAUAGGAGGAGGAGUGAUUAUGCAUGAAUGUAACUCAGCAGUUUUUUUAACACAACUUUUCCCCUCUUUGUCCAAGCAAAUUUUUUGUCAUUUGCUACUCUUAAUCAUACGAUUCAUUGUAUUUCUUUAUUAUUUGUAUUGCUGGGAAUGCCUUUUCCUCAUUCUCUUCUCUUCUCUUCUCUUCUCUUCUCUUCUCUUCUCUUCUCUUCUCUUCUCUUCUCUUCUCUUCUCUGCCAUAGAUCUUAUGAGCUCAACCACUUGUAUACAAUUCAGCCAAUGGUAACUAAAAAAAAACCGCGGAGGUCAAGGGAUUGUUUAAUAAGGGAAUUGAAAAAAAGAUUAUUGGUAUUGCACAUGUAUAAUAAGAGAAAAUUUGCUGUGUGUUAGGCAAUCUUGUAAUCUUUAAAUAAAGCUUCUGUUGAAUUUGAAUUUCUGAAACAAUAGAUGGAGGACUGUGACGGCAAUUUACAAACUGAUUUUUGUUUUGUUUUUUUUUUCUUUUUUUAAUAAUAUGUAAAGUGCAGUCGUCUGUUUUCCUGCAUAUUGUAUAUAUCUGUAUAUGUUUUAUUGAGUAACUAAAUAACAAUAAAUAUGACGUUAAAGGUG